ACCUCCGGCUUUUCUUUCCAUAAGAUAUGAAGAGCCUGAGUGUCAGUUUGAACCUCCACAAGCCUUUAAUUUUCUCGAUAUUGGCAUUCUUGCUGAGUAUUUGACAAAUGUAACAUAAAUAAAUAAAGACGGGACAAGACCAUUUCUGCCUGAACGAGUGACAAUUGAAUUUAUCGUACAACAAGUGCUAUCUCGGUAUUGUUGCAACACUCGAGAGUGUCUCAACAAGGUUGAGAGUACAUUUCACAGCGUGAAAACGAUAUAACAGCUCCUCGACACAUCUUCUCUUUUUGGUACAUAAUACCAUAAACAAAAUUUCUGUAAUUUCGUGGGAGUGCAAACUAAAAAAUAAGUUAAAAAAUUUCAGAUAUUUCAAGGUAUGGUUCAGUUCGAUCGACAAACACAAAAUCAAGGGUGAAUUGCUGAAAGAUGAGUACGAUAAGAGCCCACGAAAAGGGUGUCACAUCUCGUGUUUCUGAGGAAUCCUACUCUAACUAUUUUUGUCUGCUUGCAGGUAUUGAAUUUUCCAGCAGCCCUCCUGCUUGCAAAGUUAAAUACACCAACAAGACCAGACCAAUUUUCUCUCACCUAAGAGCUGCCCAAGGAAAGUAGCAAGACAUCAGGAGGCACGGAUUAACUUUUUACAGUCACGAGUUAUCCUGCAAUCGUUGGACCGAUCGGCAAAUUUCUACGCUGAACAGUAUGCUAAUUCGUAAAGGAAGGCCUUGGUCGAUGUGAGCAUGCAGGCAAAGCGGUGUUGUUGGUGGAUAUUGUUGGUCGACCUUCUAAUCAAUACGCAGACUGCUCAAUCUGACAACUAUCCACCACGUGCUCAGGGUACUAAAAAAUCACAGUAUGUCGCCCGAUUAGGAGAUACAGAACGGUUAAGAUGUGCUGUGACGGGGCGUCCACCACCGUCUAUCACAUGGAUCAAAAACGACCAGCCUUUCCACCAGUCGGAAAGGAUAAGAAAACUAAACAAGGACAAAACUAUAAAGAUCAAAGGAGUUCGACUUGAGGACCGAGGCAACUACACCUGCAUUGCUGAAAAUCCUCUAGGUAAAGUUAACCUGACGCUCCAGCUACACGUGCGUCAUGAUGAAAAUCUGACAGCUACUGAUUCACCACCAGCAACUAAAAGGCCUACAACUGAGCAUCAGGCUAGAGGUAAGCAAGCAGAUUUAACGACGAAUCUCAAGACAACGGAAUCAACAGGAGCACCAGUAUUUAGCGAUCCAAAUUUUCUGAUGAGAUCAUUCAGGGCAUGGCCUGCAUCACACUCCAUACGACUGAAAUGUAAAGCAACUGGUGCACCACCGCUCAAAUACAAAUGGUUAAAGGACGGAAAGGUCGUACAAAAGCGACGUUUGGAUCCAUAUGUUAAUAACUCCCUUUGGUACUUAAAACUGCGCGAGCUUGUACCCUCUGAUUCUGGGAGAUACACUUGUCUAGUAUCCAAUCGUUAUGGAUCAAUAAAUCACACCUUUACUCUUCAAGUUGUUGCUAGACCCCGGUCAGCUCCAAUCCUACAAACCGAUCUUCCAAAGAACAAAACUGUGCAGGUUGGAGAUAACGUGACAUUUACCUGUUUUGUUCUAGUUAGUGGAACUCUCCCGGAUUUCAGAUGGCUUAAAUGGAACAAAUCCGUCACUUCUAUGCCUAAAACUUACAAAGACAUCUUGAAUGGAUCAUAUCGACUUAUAGACCCAUACUAUUACGAGACUGUUCAAGUUAAAAGUAAUUAUGGUGUCGAGGUGACUAUUGUAAAUGUGACCGAGGAUGAUUUUGGACUCUACACUUGCUUUGUGAGCAAUCAUAUUGGCAGGGAUUUCAGGAGUACAUACCUCAUCAAAUAUGUGAAACCCACGGUUCCUGUGUCAGAGACGGUAGCCACAGAAGCCACAGAACAGCCAUCCUCACCUGAGAAGACCUCAGAACUUCUAACGGAAAAAGAAAGGCCACCUCAGACUGGCCUAAUUAUCAUCAUCCUUCUCUCAGUGUUCUUUUUAAUAGCAGUCAUAUUAAUCGUCGUGUUUGUUUUCUGUUAUCGCAAGAGACUAAAGGAAAAAUUCCCUAAAAAGGAAGUGACACUACAAAACAUGGAAACAAUGAGAGCGUCGUUAAAUCUUUUACCGUCAGAGCCUAACACACCCAAUCAAACUGAUGGAACAACUAGAACGUUCAGUUAUGCCGCUCCAAGGAGGAGAUUAAGUUCUACUGGUUCAACAAAUUCUACAGCGCCUUUAAUAAGAUACGGGACUGGAAGCUAUCGGUCUCGAUUUUCUUCGGGUAUUUCGUCUAGAAUUGAUUCUAACAUUGCCGAAGAGCUCUAUGAGUUGCCUUGUGACGAAGAAUGGGAAAUCGUCAGAUCUCAAAUAACGUUAAGAGAACAGCUUGGAGAAGGUGCUUUUGGUUUGGUCAUGCGUGCUGAUGCUGUAGGUUUACCCGACCUACCUUCUACAUGUUCAGUUGCGGUCAAAAUGCUUAAAGCUGACGCUACUGAGAACGAAUUAGCAGACCUUUUGUCUGAAAUGGAUACAAUGAAGGAAAUUGGAAGACACAAGAACAUUAUUAACCUGAUCGGUGCAUGUACGCAAGAUGGUCCUCUGUUUGUCGUUGUCGAGUUUGCACCACACGGGAAUCUUCGACAAUUUCUGAGAGAAAGAAGACCAUCUGAGUACCAACAACACAAACUUAGCCCUUCUGGUCCUUCCCUAACAAUGAGGGAUUUCGUCUCAUUUGCUUUCCAAAUAGCAAGGGGAAUGGAGUACCUGGGAACAAGAAAGUGCGUUCAUCGAGACCUUGCUGCCAGAAACAUCCUUGUUGGAGAAGACUACAUUAUGAAAGUUGCUGACUUUGGCCUGGCCAGAAAUGUCAGAGACGUGGAGUACUAUAGGAAAACUACAGAUGGUCGGCUACCGAUAAAAUGGCUCGCCAUUGAGGCAUUGUUUGAUCGAGUUUACACAACACAAAGUGACGUCUGGGCGUUUGGCAUACUGCUCUGGGAGAUCUUCACCCUUGGGGGUUCUCCGUAUCCAGGAAUACCCAUAGAAAAGCUGUUUGAUUUGUUAAAGUCUGGCUACAGGAUGCAGAAGCCUCAAAAUUGUCCAAAUGAGAUAUACGACAUCAUGCUGAAUUGCUGGGAUGAAACCCCUUGCGACAGAAAAUCGUUCACAGAUCUAAGAAAACAUUUUGAUGCUAUGUUAUCAAUCAUGACGAGUAAAGAGUAUUUGCAAAUACUGGCCCAGUCUAUUGACGAUCUGGCUCACGACAUGGAAACACCUAUAACGGACGAUUCUGAUGAAAAUACUGGAAUAAUGCCAGAGUCUACUUGUUAGCGGGAAACGAUUCUUUCGUGUAUUAGAACGUUAUUAAAUCUCGUCUUUAAUGUGGUUGCAACUAAAUUCCAACGCUAAAGGAGUAUCAACAUUAGAGUUGGUUGUGGCGGAAAAAGCAAAAAGGAAGAAAACAAUGAAAAAAAUCAGGACCCAGAAACCAUAAUAACACGAUACGGUCUAUCACGAAACUGUUUACAAGCACGCCGUGGACAAGAACGUGGAAACAUCAGGUCAGCGUCGAGAAAACGCUGGGUAAACAAAGAAUUUUCAAGGCCCGGAAUCUAUCAUCUAACAGUCAACUGACGAGCUACAAGGUUACUUAAUCCAGUCCGUUGAGCAACGUGCGUGAAUCAACAAGCCAUGUUAAAUAACUAAAUUAACAUCCUGUUUGAACAGGUAACCUGUUCUGGUGAAAAACUAAUUUUCUACAUUGCAUCAUUCUGCAAUUCAUAAAACGAUUAGGAAGUGAAAAUCGUUCAGUCAACUCGAAACUGCCUGUUCUUUUGAAUGUGGAAAGGAAACUUGCCUACUAACUAAACUUCGUGCACUGGACCACAAUAAGUGUCCAAAUAAUUUCUCUCUGGAAAUAUAUUCAAAUUCAGCCUACAUCGGUAGACGACAAAGUAGAAGUUUUUCUAAGUAAUCAACAUCGUCAGUUACUUCCUCUAUGAGUCUCUUCAAACGACGUCACGCCAUCAAUAAAAGCAAGAGUCCCGCCUUAAGAGUAAGAGAUUGGCUCAGAGUUUUUCAGAAAUGAUUAAACUUAAAACUGACUUUGCCAAGUUUCGCAAGAGGGGAAAAACUUUUUGAAAAAAAUACUUUUCUGCAGUUCUUGAAUCAAAGAGGAAUUCUACAGAUAAUGUUCACUUCAUAAAGUAUCAACUCAUCAAAAAUCAUUUAAAAAUUUGUAGUAUCUACACAAAACCAACUCAAUUUAAUGGAAUUAGCUCAGCCGGAAAGAUGAGUAGGACAAAUUUUAUCUUUUUCUUUUCAAAAACAAGACCAUGUAAUACUUGUGUAUAAAAGUAGAUAAGCAUUCUCAGUUGAAUGGGGAUGUUUCAACUUAAAGAUGUAUCUAUAGUCUAAGAGUGAUUACUUUUAUUAAAAAAAAAUAAUCCAAGCUUA